GGAAAGUCCCUGAGUCUCAUCUGCGGGGCCCUCUCCUGGCUCCGGGAUUUUGAGGAGAAAAAGCAGCAGGAGGAGGCACGACUUCUGGCACUUGAGCACAGCGGACAGGAGGGGAAGAAGCCACCAACUUCAGCGGAACCAGGACAGCUGGAGAGCAAUGGCACUGCUGGAGAACCCGACUGGGUCACGGCGUUUGUGCAGAAGAAAGAAGAGCAGGACAUGGUGAACAGGCUAAAGGAAGAGCAGAUCAGGAGGAAAAAGCGAGAAGAACGUCUUGAGAAAAUUCGCCAUAAUGUGCAGUUAAAAUACGCAGCAAAGAGAAAGAGAUCUGAGGAUGAGACAAAGCGCCUUCUUCAGCUCAGCAAGGACGUUCUUUCAGAGGGAGCUGGAGUGGAUGUUCUAGAGCAGUUGGAUCACAACGAGGAGGAGCUGAUUCUUGCUGAAUAUGAGAGUGACGAAGAAAAUAAAGUGUUAUCUGGGCUGGAAGAAGAUGACAAUGAUUUAGAAGAGGAGCAUGUGACUAAGAUUUACUACUGCAGCCGCACUCACUCUCAGCUGUCUCAGUUUGUGCGCGAGGUGCAAAAAAGUCCUUUUGGCAAAAACACACGUCUGGUCUCCUUGGGAUCCAGGCAGAACCUGUGUGUGAAUGAGGAAGUGCAACGCUUGGGGGCUCUCCAGCUCAUCAAUGACCGCUGCAUGGAGAUGCAAAAGAACAAACUUGAAAAGAAGAGUGAUGAAGAGAAUGAAGGGAAGAAGAGACGUGUGAGUCGCAUUGUAUGCCCAUUUUAUUCCUACGAGCAAAUGCAGUUUCUCCGUGAUGAAGUUCUAGUGGAAGUGAAGGAUAUUGAGCAGUUGGUGGCUUUGGGAAGGGAGACCAAAGCCUGCCCAUAUUAUGGGAGUCGAUACCGUGUGCUUCUCCUGUAGCUGGUGGUGCUGCCCUAUCAGAUGCUCUUACAUGAGCCUACCAGGAGCGCUGCUGGGAUCAAGCUGAAGGACCAGGUCGUAAUCAUUGACGAGGCUCACAACCUCAUAGACACCAUCACCUGUAUCCAUAGUGCGGAGGUCAGUGGCUCUCAGCUGUGCGGUGCCCACUCCCAGCUGUUGCAGUACAUGGAGCGAUAUAGGAAACGUUUGAAGGCAAAGAACUUGAUGUACAUUAAGCAAAUCCUGUAUUUGCUGGAGCGGUUUGUGGCCAUGCUGGGAGGUAAUGUGAACCAAAAUCCUAGCUGUCAGGCAGUUUCCCAAACAGGGACAGUGCUAAAAUCCAUCAAUGAUUUUCUAUUUCAGAGCCAGAUUGACAAUAUUAAUCUCUUCAAGGUUCAGCGUUACUGUGAGAAGAGCCUCAUCAGUAGGAAGCUUUUUGGGUUUGUGGAGCGAUAUGGAAGCCCUGCCACAGCUGUGAAGACCAACAAGGAGAACCAGAAGUUGGCUGGUUUGCAGAACUUUCUUCUGACCCUCCAGCAGGGAUCUGAUAAAGAGGGUACUCCCCAGAGCCCUCCUGUGGAGGCUGAGAACGACCAGCUCCGAAGUGCCUCUCCACUAAUGCAGAUUGAAGGAUUUCUCUCAGCCCUUACAAAUGCAGACCAAGAUGGCAGAGUCAUUCUCAACAGGCAAGGCACAGUUGGUCAGAGCAGCCUCAAAUUCCUCUUGCUGAAUCCAGCUGUCCACUUUGCCAAGGUGGUGGAAGAAUGUCGUGCUCUAAUCAUUGCUGGGGGCACCAUGCAGCCG